AUGGAGGGCAGGGCUCAAGUCUCCCAUGCACCCUCACGGAGGCCCACGGAGGUAGCCAAGGCAGAGAAAAGGAAAGUUGCGGCCGGGGCCACGAACAAUAGAGGCACUGCUAGAGAGGAGAAACAUAGAGGCCGGAACAGGAAAAGAAUUAGAGAUAGAGAGAAUGCAGCUGGAGCGGAUAGGCCUAGGCGGCGCUCAGAAUGCAGAUCAGGCCGCCUGCACCGACAGCAAGAGCAAGGAACACCAUCCAGGAGGCGCAGGUGCGGAGGCGACGCAGGGCUGCGCGUGAGGGUAGUGGAUAGAGUGAUGGGCCAAGGUCAUACCCACCUGGAGGACGAGUGCACGGACAGUGAGGAGGAGAAGUUCUAUAAUAGUGAGUUGGAGGACAGUCAGAGCGAGUGCGAGGAGGACGCAUGCGAUAAACGCGUCACUAUGGAGGCUCGGGCGCGGCAGGCCACAGCGGCAAGGCUUCGCUCGGUUUGGAAUGAAGCCAAAAAGAAUUCGAGUGACUCCGCAUCGGAGUACGAGGAGGCAGAGGAGGACCGCGGGCUGCAGCCCCCCCUGGCGGAGCGCUCGAGCCCCCUCGGAGCGUCUCACAGCGACGGAAACACCAGCUUUCGGGGCCCGGAGCUGACGGACGCCGAGGACGAGCAGGGCUGCACGGAGGCCUGUCGCUAUCAGCAGGCGUACUUCUUCGGUUCCAAUACCUCGCUGGAUUCCAGCAUCAGCCAGCCCUCCUGUGCCAGCCUGGACUCGAGACUGGCACAGAUUUCAGGCAGCAGCAACACCUACCACAGUAGAGCACUGCCACGGAACUUCUUCCUGGACUUAGAGAGGGAGGGGCGUGGGUGUGCUUCUGCCUCAGCCACGCCCCUCACGUCGCCGCAGUCGCCCUCGGAAACCAGACGCCGCUGGGACAAGAGUGUGUGGCCAGAGGUGGAGAAAGGACUUCGCAGGAACCAGAGCGUCCCGGACAUUGAUCCUUCCAGAUCGGAAGACCGACGGCAUAGAGUGAGAGGACGGUCACCCAGCCCCAAGCGCUACACCUUUGACGAGCGGGAGAAGCGCCAGAAGAUCAUUGAUGCCGUGACCCGACGCCUCUACCCCGGCAGUGGCCCCGGCUUCGGUCGCCGCAAUAAAAAGGUGUCAGAGAAGCCUCAGGUUUUAGGAGAGAGAGAAUGCAGGUGUCGUAAAAAGCCAGGGAGUGACGGAGAUAUAUCUGCCUCCAAAAAUUCAGUUACCACAAGUUCCUGUGAAUUACUAAUUCCUAAAAUCCCUAGAAAGAUUUCAUUACCUACACCUGUCACUCCCCCAGCAUGGAGGCGGUCAUCCCUGGAAAGUCCUCCUGGUAGUUUCUUGCCAAUACCUGUGCGUGACCAUUCUCAGGCUGAAAGAACAUCUACCAGCCCACAGAAGGAGAGUGCUUCCACCACGCUGACUCGCUCGUCGCGCAUCACAAGGCGUGAGGUCAAGACAGUUACAACAACUGUUACUAAAACACUAAAUACAAUAGAAAGAAAAAUUAUGACUAAUGUGCAGCAAGAUAUGACCAAACCAGAUAUGCAAGACCAAGCUGUAGACUGUGAUCUUGUUGACAGAGACAGCUGUGAGAAAGUGAGUUGUGAGAGUAAAGGUGCACAGGCUGAUAUGCAGGUUUUGGAAACUAGUGAAGACCAGGAAGAAAAUGAUGACAGUCAGAGUCCGAAGAAGUGUGUCCAUCCUGACCCAGACUUACUGACCGACGUAAAUGAGAAUGAUUCUGCUGAGAAAGAAGGAAGGCGUAAGAUCCCACUGACUCCUGCCUUGCACCAACUGCGGCAGGCUCUUGCUUCCCUGAAUGAUCCUGAGAGGUUCUCUGAUGAUAGCCUUGAACUUGGGAAUUUGGAUGCAGAUUCACCAUCACCAGCCUCGAGAUUUAGUCCACGUGCGCCUGAAGAAGAUGAGAUAUCACUAGGAGAUAUAAGCAAAGACUCCUUAGAAGAUAGUGUAAAUAUUGAUGUUGAAUCUAGAAAAUUACAUGCUGCUCAUGAUCCCACAGUUGUACAAGAGAUAACAGCUUGUGAUAUAGUAAGUGCCAUGCCAGGACCUCGAAUUCCAAAACUUAGUAAGAAACAUGAUUCUUUCAUCCAGUCUUUCUUUCGAUCCGUUAGUGCCUCAGAUAUGAAAGAUUCUUUUGAGUUAGAAGAGGAGUCCCUCUCUCUGACUGAUGACAACAGCGAGACAUUAUGUUUGUCUCCUAGUUCAGCACAAACAUUGGCUUCCAAACCUAGUGUACCUGUUAAACCUAAUUCUGUGACACCUCCUCCAAGCUCAUCGUCCUCAAGGAAUACAAGGAGGUGGACUCGAGAAAGAGCAGAAAAACGAUUUGUUGAGUCCACCAGCUCUGAAGAAAGUGAUGUUGAUUCACGUCAACGUCCAAGGUUUAGAAAAAGAAGAGUUAGAAGGAUGUCGCUUCCACUACCCUCCGUGCCAACAAUGGACCUGUGUGAAGAUCAGGACAACUCUGACUGCACAGACGGUGCAGCUUUAAAACUAUCCUCCCACGAGACAGUAGAUAGUGCUGUGUGUGCUAGUGUUAAGGAUAUUAAUGCUAAUAAAAUGUUAACUAGAACUCAAAGUAAAGAGCUUUUGGAUAGAAAUAGAAGAUAUACUAGUGAAUCUGUAGGUGAAUGUGGUGUUGAAGAUGUAAGUGUGGAUAUUGCCUCAACUGAGCGAAAGCAAAAGUUAUUACAGUUCAAACAGAAAUACAAGAAUGAGUCUUCACAACCGUCCAAUCAAGAUUCUUCUGUGGUAGAAUCCAUGUCUCCUGAAUACUAUUCGCCUCACCUUCAGGACCCAGUCAUCUCAGUACCCAGCCAGGCAGGAAGCAACCAGCAGUUCAGUGAAUCAGACUCAUUUUCAGAUAGGGAUGUCGAGACUCAGACGCUCCUAAAGGAGUCUGCAAGGAAGUUACUACGAACAGUAAGUAAAGAAGGCCCCUUGUCAGAAGCAUCUCAAGAUGCAGUAGCAGAACUACUAAAGGCUUCUUCCAAACGUCUAGCUAAGUAUGCUCUCAGCAUGCCAGAAGACGGCUCAGAGAUAGGGAGUGCUUCACUUUCUCGGUGUGAGAGUGUUGCCACUCAAGACGAAGACUAUGACACUGCCAAAGGAGAAGACAGCUGGUUAGAAAGUUCAAGUGAGUUCCAGAGUGCCUUGAAGAAGAAUGGAGUGUCUGGCUCUCAUUCUUACACUAGCAAUACAACAACUCCAGCAAGGGAGUUGCUGAAUAAAGAUGAAAAGAAACAAUCCUUGGAAGGACAGGGUAAUCUACUUGAUGUUGUGCAGAGUAGUAGUGGAGGGGAUGUCUCUCCUCGUGCUUUUGCAGCUGAUGGUACUGACUACAGCACCACAGCAACUACACCAUUGGCAUCCUCAGCUAGUGAAGGUUUUUCUACUGAAGGUUCAUGGGAGGACCUUGACAUUCUCGAUCCUCAUAGUAAAGGGGAUGUCAACCUUUCUGAGAAACAAUAUCAAGUCAUAGCAGCAGAAUUCACACCUCGCACUGCGCGCAGACUGUUGUACACAAUCAUUGAAUGCAGUGAAAGUAGUCGCUCAGAAAGUGUCCCAUCUGAACCAGAUAUUAUUCCAUCUGACUGGCAAGAGACAAUGAGUGAGACGGAAGAUUACAAUAUGUCUGCUUGUAUGAGCCCAGAGAUUAGUGAAGACCUUUUAAGUUCUUCAGAUGAUACCAUGCUUGACACAGUACGCCGCAAUGUUGAGGAUCCACAGGAUUCACUCUCUUGCAUCUCAGAUGAUAUUCUAGGGGACUCUAAAGCCCACACUGCCGAAGGAUACCCAGCUGAAAGCUUCCAGGAACUUCCUUGGAAUGCAGCUGGGUCUCUGGAACUCCUUACAAGUCUUCCAAUAACUCCUGAUUGUCUUGAUGAAGAAGAUAAUCCAUGGGAAACUGACACAAAAGGUAUGGACCAGAAUUUUCAAGAUGAAAGUAAUCAGGAGACAUGUACCACUUUAGACAGUGGAAUGGUAUGUACUAAAAGUUCUAAUAUUAUUUCUGUUAGUCAGUACAGUCAGAAUCAAGAAGAUAUGCUACCUGAAUUUGUGCCUUAUUUAGAUUUAUCAGAGGUAGCAGGAUCACCUAUUAAAGGUCACGUGGUUAACAAGGAAAGCAUUCUAGUCUCUUCACAAGAUGAAGUUACUGCCUUAGAAAGACAUGAAGAUGUUACUAAUGCAAAUUUUAAUGUCACUGCAGAAGACAAAACAAUGCAGGACAAAAUGGGUAAAUUACAUUCUGAUACUUCUAGUGCCUUUGAAAAUCGUAGAACUUUGCUAGAUACUAGCUUGGGUUUAAGCAGCAAAAUGCCAAAGUAUACCAGUAAAGGAGGAAAUUCAAAACCAGGGGCUUUGCAUCAGGAACAUCUUGAAAUUGGUGAUAGUCCUGAUACAGAGAUUCGGCAAUUUACACAAGACAGUGAAUCUUACUUGCAUACUGUUGCCCAAACAAACAAUACAACCAAAGAAAUGAAUAUUGGUUCUCAGGCUGUAUCUUGUUCAGUGCCAAGACUGACGACUGCUGUAGCUGUAGAAUUUCCAUGGCAGAAGAUUGAUGAUGUUAGUCAUUCCUCUCACCCAGAUGACUACUUGGUACCUGUUAUGACUUCUGGCUUGAAGGCUGAGUCUUCUCAAGAUUCUGACAUGGAAUUUGAUAGCUUAGAGCAGAUUCAAGAGACUUAUACUGAUGUCCAACAUCCUCAAUGCACAUCAGACAUACCCCAAAGCUAUGUAUUGGAAGGCGACAACACAGAAGCUGCAAGUUCUGUGUUCAACAAAAGCACAAGUUCGGCAGCAGAAGCCCAAAGACUAAUUUCGCCUUUAACUCUACAAAAUCCCUUGAUGGGCCCAAGUAAUUAUGAAGCAGCAAGUUCAAUAGAAAGCCAAAUGCCAAUUAAUGUAAUGGAGAUAAAGCCAGUGACUAUGGGAAGUGAAGGUAUGGAAUCAAGCUACUUGAAGCAGAUGCCACCUUUAACUCCACAGAAUUCUGUGGUAGAAGUCGGCAUAUCAGAAGCAAGCUCAUUAAUGCUUAGGAACCAAAGUGAAAAAUCAGAUUGUUCAAAUUUUGAAGCAACUUUGGUUCCACAAAAUUCCUUGAUAGGUGAAACAGCAAGCACUUUGACACCGAAAGAUAAAGAUGUUGAAGCUAGCUGCCAACAUUUAAAUCUGCAGACAGCUUCAGAAUCUACUGAAGUUGCUCAAUCAGGACUAGAUCCAAUGGUCACAGACCAAUCCAGUGAAAAAGAAAUUAAACAAGCACCACCCCUGACGCCACAGAACUCAGUGAUGGAGGUUAGUAUAUCAGAGGCAAGUUCACUGCUAACAGAAGAAAGAUUAAAGUCAAGAACUAUACAAAUUUCACCUUUAACACCACAAAACUCCAUGGUAGACGUUAGCAUAUCAGAAGCAGCAAGCUAUGUGGUACAAGAUGCAGAAUGUAUGUCAGAAGAGUUGUUACCAUUAGCACAUAACGAUAUUGCAGAAGUUGAUAUAUUAGAAGCAAACACAAAAAUGCUAAAAAAUGAAAGAUUAAAAUCAGUUAUGCAGGUUUCACCUCUAACACCACAACAUUCUAUGGUCGAUGUUAGCAUAUCAGAAGCAGCAACAUCAGUGAUGCUUAAAAAUUAUGAAUACAUGCAAAGUCAGAAUGCUGCAGCCUCUCCCACAGUUAUGCCAGAAGCAAAUUCUAGAACAUUGGCAUCUGAUACUGCUACGUCAGAAGGCUUUCACGAAGUACAGCCACAAAUGCCACAGAAUUCUUUUGUUGGUGUUAGUAUAAAAGAGGCAGUAACUUCUGUAAUGCUCGAAGGUAAAGAACAUGCACUCGACUUGAACACACAGUCCUUGCCUAAAGUCAGGUCAAAGGCAGAUUCAAUGUUAAGGAAAUCUGAUACUGUUAAAUCAAGAACUUUCCAUGAGAUACCGCCAUUGACACCACAGAAUUCAAUGGUGGAAGUAAGCACAUCAGAAGCGAGUUCAGUACUAUUAGAAAGGGAGAGCAUAAAACUAAGAUCCGUUAAAGUAUGUCCUCUGACACCGCAGAACUCUAUGAUAGACAUCAGUAUUACAGAAGCAGCAUGUUCAGUCUUGGAAAAUGCAAAAUCUGCCCUUGAACAACCAAUUUCAUCAGUAGAUGAGGAGACUACAGUAGAUACUAUUGUUGCAGCAAACAAGAUUUUACUUGAUGAUAUUAAUGGCAAAUCUACAAAGAAAAUGAUACCAUUCGUAAUACCAGAGAACUCUACGAGUUCAGAGGCAUUUGGAAAGAGUAGCUUGGAGAGAGAUUGUUCUGAGGAAAUGACACUGCUAUCUGCACAGUUUUCUGUUAUAGAAGAUAAAUUUACUGAGGAAGGUUCAGUGAUACCUGAAGAAGUGAAAGAAAUAAAACCUUUCAGUCAAAUGAAAGCUCUGACACCACAGAAUUCUUUCGUGGAAGUUAGUAUAUCAGAAGCAAGUUCUUUGGCACUUGAAAAUGUCAGAUUAACUUCCAUAACCCCAAAACAAGCAACACUUUUAUCUCCAGAGAGUUCCAUUUUGGAAGACAGUUUUGGUGAGGCAGCAUUAUUAGGGCCAGAGAAAGUAGAACAAAUCAGAAUUUUAAAUCGGUCAAAGGCUUUAACACCACAGAACUCCUUAGUGGAAGUUAGCAUAUCCGAGGCAAGUUCUCUAGCAAAUGUCAGCUUAAAUUCUAGAUCCCCUAAAUCAGUAACUCUGUUAUCAGCAGAGAGUUCCGUUUUGGAAGACAGUUUAGCAGAAGCAGGGUCAGUAGUACCAGAAGAAGAGGCAAAAAUCAUUAAAAAAUUAAACCAAUCAAAGACUUUAACACCACAGAACUCUUUUAUGGAGGUUAGUAUAUCAGAAGCGAGUUCUCUAGCAAAUGCCAUCUUAAAUUUUGGAACCUCUAAACCAACAACUCUGUUAUCUGCACAGAGUUCUGUUUUGGAAGACAGUUUCAUUGAAACAGGGCCAUUUAUGCCAGAAAAAGAUGUACAAGAAGUCAAAACUUUCGAUCAGGCAAAGGCGCUCACGCCACAGAACUCUUUAAAAGAAGUUAGUAUAUCAGAAGCAAGUUCUCUGGCACUGGAAAAUGUCAGUUUAGCUUCUAGAACCUCUAAACAUGGGACCCUGUUAUCUGCAGAGACUUCCAUUUUGGAAGACAGUUUUGCUGAGGCUGCAGCAUCAUUAGUGCCAGAAAAAGAGGAAAAAGAAAUAAUUUUUUUCAGUCAAUCAAAGGCAUUAACACCACAGAACUCCUUGGUGGAGGUUAGUAUAUCAGAGGCAAGUUCUCUAGCAAAUAGCUUAAAUUCUAGAACCCCUAAAUCAGCAACUCUGUUGUCAGCACAGAGUUCCAUUCUAGAAGACAAUUUUGCAGAAGCGGGAGCAGUAAUAUCAGAAGAUGCAAAGGAGAUAAGAAUUUUCAACCAAACCAAGGCUCUAACACCACAGAACUCCUUAUUGGAGGUUAGUAUAUCAGAAGCAAGUUCAUUGGCACUCCAAGAUGCCAAUUCGAAACCUAGGACUUGUAGGCAGGUGUCACCACUCACACCUCAGAAUUCCAUGGUUGAUGUCAGCAUAUCAGAAGCAAGUACUUUGGCAUCAGAAAGAAAUGAAGACAUGUAUACAAAUUUAAAUCGGAUUCCCCCUCUAACUCCACAGAACUCUAUGGCAGAUAUUAGUGUAGGGGAAGCAGCUUCAGUUAUAGUGGGAAACGUUCAAGGAAGAUCCAAAUUGAGGCACUUACCUCCUCUAACACCACAGAACACAGUAGCAGAAAUUUCUCUAUCAGAAGCAAGCUCUUUAAUACUGGCAACUGAGGGUACUAAUAAUAGUUCAUUACAAGAAUUUAGUACAGAAGAACUACCUGUAGUAUCGCUUGAUGCUGAUAGAGCCAAGUCAAAAAGUCGAAAGUUCUUAACCCCUCUAACUCCGCAAAACUCCGUUUUAGAAGUUAGCAUAUCAGAAGCAAGUACAAUAGCCUUGGAAGAUGAAGCUCUUAAACCAAGUUUGAAGCAAGUAUUGCCUCUGAAAUUAUCAGAAGGGAAGGUGAUGUCACUUGAAAUGGAAAGUGUAAGAUCAAUGAGUUCUAAGGAAAUCCCACCUCUGACACCACAAAAUUCUGUAAUGGAAGUUAGUAUAUAUGAGGCAGUAAGUUCAAUUGCAGAUUCUUGUCUUGGUUCUGAAUUGCCAGUGACGUUAUUACAAGAAAGCACGGAAGUGGAAGGUACAUUGGAGGAAACACACAAUAUUGAGAGAGACCUAGAAAAGGUAUUGCUUGCUCAACUGAAAGAAGAGAGUUCUGAAGAUGCAUGUUUCUCAAGUUCAGUGAAACCUGCUGUUAAAUCAGUAACACAGAUUGUUACAAGUGAUCAUUCAUUAGAAGUUGCUUUUCCACUGCCCCAGGAUUUGGAAGUAGAUGUGUAUCAGGAAACCACCUCAUUUCUACCACAAAGGUCACAAAGGUUGGUAACACCUUUAACACCUCAAAAUUCAGUGGCAGAUUAUGAAACUUCCCAAGAGAUGGCAAAGGUACUACAACCUUCAGCUUUAGUAGCAAGUACGUCUUUGGACCCCAGAUCCCUUGUUUCUCAGCUGGGUAAAGUAGGUGUGCCACUGCAUUCAACAGUAGCACCAAUACCAGAAGACAGACUGCAUGAUAUAUUGCAGGAAGGGACUGGAGCAGUAAUGCCACAAAUGGCUGCAGAGGAAUUUCAGGCACUGACUCAUGUCGCACAGAUGCCUGUAGAGGGAGCUAGUAGUAUCAUUCCAGCAACAACUCCUCUGACACAAAAAACAAAUACCUUAAGACCAGAAAUAACUGAUACUUGCAGUGCCCAAGCUGAUCAUCAAACACCACAUGUGGCAUUUGGUUACCAAGUUUUUGAAUCCCAGACAGACCAACUGACUUUACCACAAGAGAGUACUGAAGAAUCACAGACACUACAUCCAAGGACAUCAACAGUGGUAAAGAGUGUUGAAGGAGCGACGUCUUGCACACCACAGGAAUUCAGUGAGGACCAAAUUCAUCCCCUACAACAGAUGGUCAUCAGAAGUAACCAAGUUGUAAACUUAGCUGUGACUUCGCAGUUAGGCACGCAUUUUGAUACAGAAAUUCCAUUUUCACCUGAGGUAAUAGAGAGAGACCAAAAGGUGAUUCAUUCAACUAAAUCAGAAUUAAUCAGUGAAGAAUAUGCCAGAGGCCAGACACAAUUUAACCCAGAAGAAUUGCAUUUGAUGUGUCAACUACCACCACAUUCGACCACCAAUGUUCAGGCAAUGAUUCAGAAACCCGAGGUAGUUAUGAAAAGAGCCACCACCACUAUUUCAGGCGUUGCAUUUGAAACACAACAAAUACCAAUGGAAGAAACUAGAGUUGUGUCAAUAGUGAAUCAAAGUAGACUGCAAAGAUCAUUUGCUUUAGGAAAAGUAAGUUCUGAGUCAGAUAUGGAGGAGUCAUGUUCAGUGAUGACAAGAUUACCUUACACAGUAGGAAAAGUGCAAGCAGUGACUUCUCAAGUGCCCCACAAUGCCAUCGAAGAAAAUAGAAGUACACAAGCAUUGGGAUAUGAAACUCCCUUAAUUUCAAAAGCAGUGACUUCAGAGCUAGAGUCGCAAAGUGACAAUGUCAGUCCAUUGCCAUUCCAUGCAACAACUUCAAAAUUACAGACAGAAGUGUCAUAUUCAGUUAUUCCACUUGCACCUCAAACAAGUAGUACUAAGGUAUGGGCUUCUACUAUUGAUCAGACUCAGCCCUUAACCGUGGAAGAAGCAAUGACUCCUAAGGCACUGGAAGUGGCUAUGGAGGAAGCAAGUUAUCUCCAGGAAGUGACUGACAGUACACCAAAAUUGGUUAAAGAGGGCAGUGGUCAGGCAGCCACUUUAAAUACACCGAAUGUGGCUGUAGAAAGAGAAGCCAGUGAAAAGGCAGGGAUUCUCCAAACAUCACAAAUGUCCGAAGUUGCUAUCCCUACAAUAUCUCAGUUGGCCAUAGGGGAAGUGAUGAGUCUCCAGACAAUGCCUCAUCAAGCUUUACCCUUGACUGUGGAAGAAGAUCGUAGUGUCCAAGUAGUACCUCUUACAACACCACCUUUGGCCAUUGAAAAAUCUGGCAAUGUUCAGUUAAUUCCUCAAUCACAGCACAUGGCCUUGGAAGAAAAUAGGAGGGAACAUGAAGUAAUUUUUCAUCCUGUGACUUCAACACUGUCAGUGGAAGAGUCACCUCCCGUAACUCCAUUGACACCAGAAAUAGCAACUGGCGUGCUGGUAACUUCACAUGAAUUUCCAGUGGAAGGGUCAAGCAGUGAUUGGACAAUGACAUAUCAAACAGCAGAAGUAAGCAGUGACCAGGCCCUGCCUCAUAAAACACCUGUGAUAGUUAUGGGGAAAGCUAGAAGUGCCCAAGAAACAGCUCAGAUUAAUGUGGAUGGAACAGCUCAUGCCCAGGCAUCAAUUCAGCAAAUGUCUCAGAUGGCAUUAGAGGGUGUCGUUGUCCAGACACCAACCCAUCAAGCAGAAACUUCGAGUCUAGAUUUGGAGGAAUCACAUGCAGUGAUACCACUGUUGCCUCAGAAAACCACCACAGUGAGAGCAGUGACUCAUCAGACAUCACAUAUUAGUGAGCAAGGAAUUUUGCAAUCACCACAGGUGGCCACUGAAACUUGCCCUGACCAAACAAAGACACUUCAAGCACCACAGGUAGCUGUUGAAACUAGCAUUGUCCCAACAGGGACACACACAGCACCACAAGUGGCUAAGGAAACUAUUAGUGGCCAAACAGCUAUUGUUCAGGAACCAAUAUUGGCUUUGGAAACUAGCAUUGACCAGACUGUGAUUCAUCAAACACCUCAGAUGACCGUAGAAAGUGGCUAUGGCCAGUCGUUACGUACACCAGUGGAAGCUAGCAAUUGUCAGGCAGUGACAUCACAAGUUAGUAGAGCUGUGGCCAAGACUCUUCAGACACCUCAAUCGGCUGUGGAAACUAAUUUUGGUGAGGCAGUGAUAUCGCCGAACAUGGGGAUUAACGUUCGAACUGUGGAUAUGGCGAAGACGGAAGGAAAGAGUGUCCAGGAACUGAAAUAUCUGGAUUCUCAUUCAGUUAUGGAAGAAGCUGGCAGUGCUCAGACGAUGCCUCAAGUAGCUAAGGAAAGAAUCGACAGUGCCCAGGCAGUGAAUCAAACUUCUGAGAUGGUCAUGGAAAAAACAAGAACCCUGGCACAACAGGCAGCAAUUUCACAUAUAGGUUUGGAAGAUAGACAUGCAGUGAUUCCACUACUGCCAGAGGAAAUGAGCCGCAUGCCAGUAGUGAUUCAUAAGAUGCCACAUGUAGUCAACGAGGAAAUGAGCAGUGCCCAAGCCAUGGCUAGCAGUGUUCAGGCAGUGACUCCCCAAACACUUCAGAUGGGAGAAUCUACCAGUGCCCAGCCAGCAUUUGUUCAGACGUCCCAGAUGAUCACGCCAGAAACCAGUAGGGCCCAGGCAGUGCUUCAACAAGCAGUGACUUCAGACAUAGAUUUGAAGGAAAUGCAUUUUGUGAAGCCGCUAUUACCUCAGGACACUGACAGUUUGAGAGCAGUGAUGCGUCAGACAUCACAGGUGACCGAAGAAGGAACGAGCAGUGCCCAUGCAGUGAUCCAACAAGCUGUAUCUUCCGAGCUAGAUUUAGAAGACUCUCAUACAGUACUUUCACUGUUACCACAGGACACCAUCACUGCGAGAACAGUGGUUCAUCAGGCAGCGCAGAAGGCCAAAGAAGGAAUGGCCAGUGCCCAGAUAAUGUUUGUGACACCUCAGAUGCCCUUGGGGGAGGUCAGCAGUACCCGGGCAGUGACUCAGCAAGCAGCAUCUUCAAAGCUACAUUUAGACGAAACACAUUCAGUGAUUCCAUUAGUGCCACAGGACACCGGCAAUGUGAGAGCAGUGAUUCAUCAGACAACACACAUGACCAAAGAAGGAAAUGACAGUAUCCAGGCAGUGAGUGCUCAGGCUACACAGAUGGCCAUGGGAGAAGAUGGCAGUGCCCAAGUAUUGGCUCUUCAAACAUCACAGAUAGCCACGGCAAGGGCUGACAGUGCCCAGGCAGUGACUGUUCAAAUACCUCAGAUAGCUGCAGUGGGAACCAGCAGUGUUCAGCCGGGGACUGCCCAUAUGACACGGAUGGCCAUGAAAGAAACUUGCAGUGCCCAAUUAGUGACUCAUCAAACACCGCAGAUGACCAUGGGAGAGGCUGGCAGUGUUCAGACAGUGACUGCACAGACACCACAGAUGGCCAUGGACGGAACUAGCGGUGCCCAAGUGACUGGCCAAAGAACACAGGCGGGCGUGGAUAGGGUUAGCAGUGCUCACGCAGUGACUAUUCACACUCCACAAUUAGCCAUGGAAGGUGCUAGCAGUGCCCAGGCAGUGUCUCAGGUGGCCUUGGAAGAGGUUGGCAGUGCUCAGGCCAUCCGACAAGCUGUGUCUUCACAGCUAGGUUUGUUGGAAACAGAUUCAGUGAUUCCGCUGUUACCCCAGGACGCCGACACUUUUAAAGCUGUGAUUUGUCAGACACCGCAGGUGGCUACAGAAGGAAUGGACAGUACUCAAACAGUGAUUGGUCAGACACCACAGAUGACCUUGGGAGGCGCAAGCAGUACCCAAGCAGUGACAGUUCAUCAGAUGGCUAUGGGAAAGGCUGGUAGUGCCCAAGCAGUGACUAUUCAGGCGCCACAGAUUGCCAUGGAAGGAAUUUUAAGUGCCCAAGCAGUGACAAAUGAUCAGAUCGCCCAGGCAAUGAAUGUUCACACACGUCAAAUACCCGUGAGAGAAGCUAGCAGUACCCAGGCAGAGAAUCUUCAUACACCUCAGAUGGCCUUGAGAGAGGCUAGCAGUGCAGAGACAGUGACUGCUCAGAUAACUCAGAUGGCCAUGGGGGAGGCUAGCAGUGCCCAAGCAUUGGUUCUUCAGACACCUCAGAUGGUCAUGGGAAAAACUAGCAGUGCCCAGGCAGUGAUUCUCGAGACACCCAAGGCAGUCAUCCAACAAGCAGUGUCUUCACAGCAAAGUUUGGAAGAAAUUCAUUUUCUAAGUCCACUGUUACCACAAGACACCAACAGUGUGAGGACAGUGAUUCGGCAGACUCCACAGACGGAAAAAGAAGGAACAAGCAGUGCUCAAACAGUGAUCCAGCAAGCAGUGACUUCACAGCUUUGUUUGGAUGAAACUCAUGCACUGGCCAAGGAAGGAAUGGGCAGUACACAAACAGUGAUUGUUCAAACACCACAAAUGGUCAUCGGAGAAGCUUGCAGUGACCAGACAGUGACUCUUGAGGCAUACCAAUUGGCCACAGAAUCAGUUAUCAAUACUCAGACGACACCCAUUCGGAGACUUGAAAUAGCCAAAGAAGAAUCUAGCAGUGCCCAAGCAGUGACUGUUCUGACACCUCAGAUGUCCACGAUAGUAACUAGCAGUGAACAAGCAGUGAUUAAUCAAAUACCUCAGAUGCCCAUGAUACCAACUAGCAGUGAACAAGCAGUGAUUGAUCAAACACAUCAGAUGUCGAUGAUACCAACUAGCAGUGAACAAGUAAUAACUGAUCAGAAACUUCAGACGACUGUGAUUGUUCCCCGUAGUGCUGGGGCAGUGAUCCAAUAUGCAGUGACUUCAAGAUCAGAUUUAGAUGAAUCGCAGUCAGUGAUUUCACUGUUGCCACAAGACAGCAAUUUCAGAGCAGUGAUUCAUCAGACACCACAGGAAGGAGCUAUCAGGCACCAAGCAGUGACACUUCAAACACCGCAGAUGACCAAGGGAAAGACUAGCAGUGACCAGACGGGCAGUGUCCGGCCAGUGAUUGGUUCAGUAUCUCAGGUGGCCAUGGAUGAGGAAACCGUGGGAGGGGUUAGCAGUGCCCACGCAAUGACUGUUCAAACACCACAGAUGGCAUUAGAAACUGGCAGUGCUCAGGCAGUGAGUCUUGAGACACCUCAGAUGACUUUUGGAGAUUGCAGUGAUCAGGCAGUGACUGUCCAAACACCACAGAUGGCAUAA